GGAAAGCCGGGUCGUGCUUUACUUCUCUCCAGUUGCUGUCGAGUAUGGCAAUUAUUUUGCUGUCAUAAAUCGUUCCUAAUAAUUUUUAAUUUUUUGAAAUUAAUUGCUGUCUGAUAAUAAAUACUUGUUUUUAUCGUGCCACUUAUUUUGAACUAGUGAAGAGGUUUGAUUAAGCAACUUUCCUCGUCAAGGGGGAAGGAGUAAGGAGAAUGGACAAUGGCAGAGGGGGACGUGGUCGUGGGGCGGAAAGUAAUAAAUGGCGGGGGAACCGUGGUGGGGGCGGCGGAAGUCAAAGACUGUAUCACAACCAUGGCGACAGAGACUGGAGGGGUGACAGUAAUCGGGAAAUAAUGGGCCCAAUCACUACCAAUCAACGAGGGGGAGGAGAUCAUCGCAGUAAACGAGCCAGACCUGGAGAUGGAAGACGCGGCGGUGGUGUCGCUUUCGGUAACCAUGGCAACAACCAGAUGGAAGUGGAUCAACCAGUACACAAACGCUUUGAAAGACCCGGACCCGUCUUCGGAUUUAAACGUCUCCACGGCUUCCUGGCUGACACCGUCAGCACGGACAAUGUCAUCUUAGCCAUCUCCAAGAAUAAGUCGGACUGGGUCGCGCUCUUAAAAUCGGAUGAGGUGAAUCCAUCCAAUUCCAGAAACUAUUUACAUCUCGUAAUGCAAGUCCUCGUGGAGAAAGUUAUUCCAGAAAGUAUCCUACGCAGCCAACAGGUCGAGAUUUGUCUCGCUACGACGGAGGAACAGUUCCGAGAGAGAAUUAGCAGCCUUUGCACACAAAUUUGUAUUGGACUUGGCGACAGUACAAGUACGGAAAAUAAAACCAGCAAUUUCAUCUAUGUUGAUAAAUCUCCGGCUAAGUUUCUCAUCAAUCUUGCUACCUAUUGUCGUUUCCUUAUGAAGAAGAUGCCAUCCAUUGUACUCGAUUUUUUGCAAGCGGUAAUAAGUAUUGCUUAUGGUGCCGCCAUGUCGCGUUCUAUCUCCGAUUCUGAGACAUUUGGUCCAAUUCGGGAUACGUUUAAAGCCUUAAUUGAUGAAGUAAAAUCCUGGUCACAAAAAUUGAAAACAAAGAAAAUCAUCAUGCAUAAAUUCAAUUCAAGAUAUCGACAAGAAUUUUCAGAGGAGGAGGAAGCCGAACUUCACGCAAUGGAAGCCCCACAAAACUAUAAGGAUAUGGAUAUUAUUCCGACUGCGCAGGAACUGUUGUCAAAAGAGGAAGUAUUUCUCCGCCCGAACAAGACCAAGGGCGCUUAUCAAGAUGCCGCGCACUAUUUGGAUGUCCAGUUCCGUCUUUUGAGAGAGGAUUUCGUUCGACCUUUAAAAGAUGGAAUCCAAGAUUUUAUGACACACAGAGUUGACUAUUUAUCCAAACGGAAGAAACCUCCUCUCGGAUCGAUCCGUAUUUAUACUGGCGUGCACAUCGUUUCAGACAAGUUAGGCCGUGACGCAGUAGUUUACAACGCCCAACUUUCUCCCGACGGUUACAAACGGGUUCGAUGGGACAAAUCGAAACGACUCCUGCCUGGAUCUAUGCUCGUCUUUACCGGUACGAAAGAUUUCUUCCGGACAGCCUAUUUCGCAACUGUGGCAAAUCGAGACGUUGAGGAAUUGAAGAAAGGAGUCGUUUCAUUCGUCUGGGAAGGCGAUACCAGUCCUGCGUGGGAUACUGCUGUAGAGUAUCUCAUGGUUGAGUGUGAAGUGUAUUUCGAGUCAUUCCGAUACACGUUACAAACCUUGAAAGAAUUGGAUCUACAAGACUUCCCCAUGCACAAAUUUAUUGUUGAGGCCUCGUCAAGUGUUUCACCGCCGAAAUACUUGGAGGAAGCGGAACACACCAUGAAGAUCCGAUUGCGUAAUAAUGAUGAAAGAAAUUUUUCUCCCCUGAUAGACCACGAGUGGCCCACUCCAGAAGAGUUGGGAUUGGAUAAUAAUCAAUUUGUGGCAUACAAAGCAGCAAUUACGAGAGAAUUUGCUAUCAUCCAGGGACCGCCGGGCACGGGGAAGACAUUUCUAGGGCUUAAAAUUGCUGAGACCCUCCUUAUGAAUGAGGAAGUGACCCAGACGGCGGGUCCCAUUGUAGUCGUCUGCUACACAAAUCACGCGUUGGAUCAGUUUCUCGAAGGAAUUCUUGAGACUUACACAAAAAUUCCUGGGGCCAAAGGUCGUGCUCCAAUUAUUCGUGUGGGAGGACGAUGUAAAUCUGAAAAGCUUGAGGAAUAUAUUCUUGCUAACGUUACAAAACGUGAACGUCCCAGGUUGCCCGGCGAUUUCUAUAGCAAUAGGGACGAACUCCGCCGUCAAAUUGAUGAGUGUCGGUAUCGCCGGUCUGAAAUGAUGUAUGAGAUCUCAGCGUUAAAGAAUGUUCAGGGCAUUGUAAACCUUGAAAAAAUGUCUGCCUUUCCCCAACUCCGGGAUGAAUUUGUAUCGCCAGCAAUCUGGGCGAAUCUUAAAACUCCUGCUUGGUUCGGCAUAUCAGACAACCGUUUCUCCCAUCGUAACUUUCAUGCUGACGAUUUUGUCCGACAAAUGUUUCAAAUUCUUGAUGUUCCUGUCGGAAAUGUUAAUCACGUAGCUGCAGCAUCGCAACAUUAUGAAUCUCAUCCAUCUACUUCAGCUCCACAAGAUCCUGAGGAGACUGCCCCCGAUGAUGAAGAAGAUUACGAUGUCGACGAAUUAUUGGCCAAUCGGAUAAUCAACGUGGAUAAUGUUUUUGCCGAAAGCGACAAUGCGGAUGUCCAUUCCGGAAAUAAACUCUUGUACCUUGCCGGUAUAUCAAUUUGCGAUUUCGACACAGAAAUUUUCAAUUUAAAAGAAACUAUCAAAAAACUGGACGAGCAAAGUACCAUGGGGCCUAAGACUCGAAGACGGGAAAUAGUUAUGGAGAGGAAUAACAUCAGCUACUCGUUAGCAAUUGCGGAAAAUAAGAGAAGUUUUCUCGAAAAGCUUUUCACUUAUUAUCGUGUUGAACAAAUCUGGCUGCCUGACGUGUCCAAAAUUUUGGAGCAAAUUAGGAAAGGCGAUGAAAUGGAAGAGAUUUUGAAGUUACUCCCACAAAAUGCGAGAUGGACCAUUUAUUUCGAAAUCGUAAAUCGUGCCAGAGUUCUCGCAGCGGAACGGGCAUUCCAGGGCGGAGAAAAACUGAUUGCUUUGCAAAAGAGGCAAAGGGAAAAUCAGAAAUUUGUGGAUGGAGUUAUCCUUCGAGAGAGCAAAGUUGUCGGGAUGACGACUACGGGAGCGGCCAAAUAUAACGAUUUGUUGAAAAUGAUGCGCUCUAAGAUUGUAAUUGUGGAGGAAGCAGCAGAAGUCUUGGAGGCGCAUAUCGUUACCUGUAUCACAAAACAUUGUGAACAUUUAAUCUUGAUCGGUGACCAUCGCCAACUUCAGCCAAAUCCAAAUGUUUUCGAGCUAGCUACUCUGUUCAAACUGAACAUUUCCCUGUUUGAACGAAUGAUUAAAAACGAUUUGAAUUGGUACCAGCUGAAACUGCAACAUAGAAUGCGCCCCGAAAUUGCCGCACUGGUUAAAGACACGAUCUACGACGAACUGGAAAAUGCUCCCAAAGUGUACCAAUAUCCUCCAGUUAUGGGCGUGACGAAGAACUUGUACUUUAUUUCCCACAGCGAGCUCGAAAAAUCCGAGACUGACUCUCUCAGUAAAGUUAACGAUUUUGAGGCCCGCUAUUUAGGAGGUCUUUGUCGCUACUUGCUCCUCCAAGAUUACCGUCCAGACCAAAUUACUAUACUCACGACUUAUCUGGGACAAAUGUUCGCCUUAAAAAAGGUGCUUGGAACAAUGGCAAAUUGCAAAGGGGUCCGUGUCACUUGCGUAGAUAAUUUCCAAGGAGAAGAAAACGACAUAAUUCUACUUUCUUUGGUCAGAAGUAAUCACGAGAGUAAAAUUGGCUUUUUGAGUAUUGAAAACCGAGUCUGUGUUGCACUUUCCAGAGCCAGACACGGUCUCUUCAUCAUUGGCAACAUGACACUCCUCUCCGACAAGAGUGAAACAUGGUUAGCAAUGUUUGAAAAAUUCGAUGCCCGUUCUGAAAUCGGGCCAAAUUUAACCAUAAAAUGUCAAAUUCAUUUCACCGAGACACAAAUAAGUCGCGGAGAGGAGUUCCAACUGUUCUCGCCGGAAGGUGGAUGUCAAGUCGUCUGUGACGAACUUCUCUCCUGCACCCAUCGAUGUGUCCAAGUUUGCCACGUGAAGGAUCGAGCACACAAGGAGUAUGCAUGUAGACAACCCUGUAUCAAAACUUGCAAAGAGGGACAUCUCUGUCAGUCCCCCUGUUACAGAACGUGUCCCCCAUGCCUAGUUCUGGUUGUGAAAUCGCUCCAACCAAAAUGUCAUCACGAAGCAAGAAUGCCUUGCUAUAAGGAUCCAAGCGAGUAUUUUUGUCGUGAAAUUGUCAUGAAAAAACUUCCCUGUGGCCAUGAGACCGAACUCUCGUGUCAUUUUGACCCCACCUUGUACCCAUGCAAAGUCAUGAUGGACCGGACUCUCCCGUGUACUCAUGAACGCGUCUUGGCCUGUCAUAUCGAUCCAGCCGAGGUCACUUGCAAAGUCCCGACGGUCAAAAAAUUACCUUGUCUGCACGAGAAGGAAGUUGAGUGCCGCAUUUCUCCCGAGAUGACGAAAUGUGAGAUGAAAGUUGAGAGGACAUUGGAGGGUUGUGGCCACGUGGCGGAAAUUCUCUGCCACCAAAGAGACAAAAAGAACAUAAUGUGUCGAACAAGGUGUCCCGUCCGACUCCAAUGUGGACAUGCUUGCACCAAAUACUGCCACGUUUUAGACGACCCACACCAUUUGGACUAUAAGUGUGAGAAAAAUUGCGGCAAGGGAUGCGGAGAAGGUCACCCAUGUCCUGCCAAACACGCGUGUUGCAGACCCUGUCCACCUUGUUUAAAAAUUAUGGAUCGCGAACUGCCAUGCCUUCACCAGCAAAAACUUCCCUGUCACAUCGACCCGACUUUGUACGAGUGUAAAGAACGCUGUAUCAAGUUGUUGGAAGGUUGUGGACACCAGUGUCAGAAGCUCUGCUACCAGCCUUGUACCGAUUGCAAGAUCCCUGUGGAGAAACAAGGUGCGAAGUGUGGACACAAAAUAGUGGUCCCUUGUGACACUCUACCAACUCAAGACAUGUGCGAGACUCUCGUCCCGGCGGUGAGCCCUUCCCCAUGCGGUCACGUGGUCAUGGUUCCCUGCAAACUAAGCCAACUGGCUCCUCCCUCCCUACUUCUGACUUUGUGCAGUGCCCCAUGCAACAAAGAAUUUUCUACAGCUGAAGGAGGAUGUGGACAUGAAUGCAAGGGGACGUGCUCCUCCUGCUGGCAGGGACGAUUUCAUCAAAAGUGUCAAGAAAAAUGUGGAAGGCCUUUGGUUUGUGGUGAUGUUUGUGACUUCCCCUGUGCCAAGUCUUGUCCACCUUGCAAUAAACAGUGCCAUAUGAAAUGUGAGCAUUCUGAGUGUCGCCAAAAAUGUGGAACCCCUUGCUUGGAUUGCAGUGAACCCUGCCCGUGGCAAUGCGACCACAAGCGAUGCACCAAACUGUGUCGCGAGUCAUGCGACCGGUCCCCAUGUGACGAGCCGUGUCUCAAACGCUUGCCAUGUGGACAUUCCUGUCUAGGAUUUUGUGGAGAGCCUUGCCCACCCAUUUGUCGUGUCUGUAAUGAGAAGGAUGAAAUGUUUACAAUUUUCUUCGGAGAUGAGGACGAAGAAGACGCUCGUUUUGUCUAUUUGCCCGAUUGCAAGCAUUCUAUCGAAGUUUUUGGACUCGCUCAUUGGAUGGAAAUUUCCCCCGAGCAGGACGACGAAAUUGGGAUGAAACAUUGUCCCCGUUGCAAAACUUUGAUAAAAUAUUGUCGCAGAUACAACAACUUGAUCCGGGAUCGAUUAAAGGAUGUCGUUGCCGUAAAGAAGAAAAGUUUUGGGAAUACGGAAAAUGUGAAAAAAAUUCAAAACCAAAUCGUUCAAAAACUGAAGGUUGAUACAGGAAAUGGUUGGAGCGCAAAUCUGAAAACUUUUCAUGAGUAUUUGAGAGAUAAAGUUGUUGACAUUGUCCCCGUAAAUGAUUAUAAAAGGAACAAACUUAGACAAGGAACCAACCUGUUGGUUUGGAAGCAUAAGAAGGUCAACGAGUUUACUAUGAAUUCUAUCCAAUUCUUGGUUGGCUGCGCUGAAUCUGGGAUCCGUACGUUGACUAAGGCCCGAAAUCGUCCAGAACUAGAAAAUCGUGGAGGAUUAAAACCCGAAUUAUUGGAUCAACUCUCUGCAAGAUAUCUGGACUUGUUUGCCAACGUUCGAAAGCGAUCCCUACCUUUAAGUCGGAUGGAAAUGAGGGACAUUGAACAAGAACUGGAACGACUUUUUGACUUGUAUCAAGUCUACUUGCGUCGAUCCAGUUCCAAAUUUUAUGAUGGACACACCCAAGCCACGCCAAUUUAUGAGAAGACCCUCGCAAUUGUCGAGCAUCCUGCAGCGUAUCGUGCCGAUAGGCGGGGAGAGUUGCACAGCUUGUUUAAGAAAAUGGAAGACGUUUUAAAAACGGGCCUCGCCAUUUCGGACAUGGAACGACGUGAUAUUCUCAAAGUCUUCGCAGAAAAAAAUGAAGGAAGGCCAGGACGCUGGUUUAAAUGUAGGAAUGGACAUUAUUACAUAAUUGGGGAUUGUGGUGGUGCUAAUCAAGCAGCUUUGUGCUUCGAGUGUAAAGCUCCGAUCGGCGGGACUAGUUAUCAGAUAGCACCAGAUAACCGACUUGCUACGGAGAUGGAUGGGGCAACUCGGUCACUUUGGGGCAACAUCCCUGCAUAAUUAUUUUGAAUAAGAGCUUUAAGCUUUCACACAAUUAUAAUUUAUCAAAAUUAUAAUUAAAGUAUUAUGUUAAUGAUAAAACACAUUUGAUUUAAUUAAUACAAGUGGGUAACUUGAAUAAAUUGGUGUGUAUUAAUCA